AUGGUCAAGAUUGCCAUUGCGGGAGCUUCUGGACAGCUAGCCCGUGAAAUCUUGGAUGGGCUUGUCGAUGCUGGCAGGCAUGAGAUAGUCGGUCUAGUUCGGAAGACUCCCUCAUCAUUUCCAACACUCUCGGGGGUUCAAUGGGUACAGACAAAUUACGAAGAUACAUCAGAGUUGGUUCGACUUCUCAGCGGCGUUCACACAGUCCUAUGCUUCUUCAUAGCUCACAAGGAUCCAAAAGGAGCCGCCCAAAAGCGUUUGAUCAAUGCUGCCGUCGACGCAGGAGUCAAACGAUACGCUGCUAGCGAGUGGUCCAUCGGCACAAAGCUCGAAGAAAUUCAGAAUAUAGUGCCUUGGUACGCCAGCAAACUCGACGUCCGCACAUAUUUACAAGAACUUAACCGGGGAGAGAAGGUUUUGGAGUACACGUUAUUUCAUCCCGGACUAUUCAUGAACUACCUCGGCUAUCCUCAUUCGACAACCAAGCAUGUCGCCCUCUUUCCGGUCAACUUCGACUUCAAGGAUAUGCACGCUAUCGUAGAUCAAACGCAUUUGGAGAGUAAGGUGACAUACACCGCUGUUGAGGACAUCGUAGCAGUCGUUGUUCGUGCGGUAGAGUACAAAGGUGAAUGGCCCACGGUAGGGGGUAUGAUAGGAAGUGAAGUUACAGUCGCUCGCCUCUUAGAGCUGGGAGAGAAAAUUCGAGGGAAGUCAUGGAAUAUCGAAUGGGUGGAGGAGAACGACCUUCAAGCGGGUGUCCUGAAAACAAACUGGUUGCCAGCUUUGCCUGAUACAACCAUGUCUGAUUUCCCAAAGGACCAGCAGGAGGCGUUCAACAGGGCUGUCGUGAUAGGCACACUGAUCGCGACCGCCCGAGGAGCAUGGGCUGCGACAAAUGAAUGGAACCAGCUUCUGCCUGACUAUGAGUUUACGAGUCUAGAAACAUUCCUGCGCAAAGUCUGGUCGCAAAAAUAG